AUGGCCGACGUGGAGAUGAAAUCGGCGGAAGACGCGCCAUCGUUUGAGGGCAUUUCCAGCCGCAACCGCUCGACAGAGUCUUGGCCAUGGGUGGAGAAGUACAGGCCGUCAUCUCUGGAUGAUCUCAUCGCACACCAGGAGAUCAUUUCGACGCUCAACCGUCUCAUCGACGCGCAAAAGUUGCCCCACUUGCUGUUUUAUGGACCACCGGGCACGGGCAAGACGUCCAUGAUCAUUGCAGCAGCGCGACGGCUGUACGGCAAGAACUACGGGUCCAUGGUGCUAGAACUCAACGCGUCAGAUGACCGUGGUAUUGAUGUGGUACGUAACCAGAUCAAGGAGUUCGCUGGCACCAAGAAGCUCUUCAGCCAGGGCGUCAAACUCAUCAUCCUGGACGAGGCCGACUCCAUGACAAAUGACGCCCAGUUCUCACUGCGUCGCGUUAUCGAGAAGUACACGAAGAACGCUCGUUUUUGCCUUAUCUGUAACUACGUGAGCAAGAUCAUCCCGGCACUGCAGUCGCGAUGCACGCGCUUCCGCUUUGCUCCCUUAAACGAGAGCCAAGUCAGCGGCCGUGUCAAGCACAUCGCGCAGCUAGAAAAGUUGAACAUGACCGAGGACGGCUUCAAGGCCAUUCUGCGUCUUGGCCAGGGUGAUAUGCGUCGUAUUCUGAACAUCUUACAGGCGACAUCUAUGGCCCACGACAUUGUCGACGAGGCCAAUGUGUACCUGUGCACGGGCAACCCCCUGCCGAAGGAUAUCGAGUCGGUGACUCAGUGGCUGUUCAACGAGAGCUUCACCGCAGCCGUGCGCAAGUGUGCCGAGAUGCAAAAGCUCAAGGGCUACGCUACGAGCGACAUCCUGCAGGACGUUUACCGCUACACUACGGAGCUGGAGCUGCCGCCGCGCUGCCGCAUGUAUUUAUACGACGAGCUGGCCAAACUCGAGCACCGCCUGUCUAACGGCACGACAGAGGAAUUGCAACUGGCCUCCCUGGUUGCUAUCUUCGCCAUUGCACGGAAUCAGAUGUCUACCGCAGUUGCUGCAGCGUCUAAAGCCUAG